AAAGUGCUCAUAAUUCAAGGUGGCAUUAGUUAGUUUGGUAGAUAGCAUGAUACAAAGAAAAAUAAACAUACCAAGCCACUAUUAAUAUGUAAGACCCUCAUAUCCCACAAACAUAAAAAAAUAUAUAACAGCAUUAAUCCCAACAAAGUCUGUUAGCACCGUGGUCAGUGGCAAACUCGAUGGAGAUGAGCAGGUCCAUUCGCUACCCUGCCAUGAUGAUAAAGAACUCGUACAGAAGCCCGCGACACAAAGUGAUCCAUGCACAGUUCGAUUGUUUCCAAAUGGAAUUUUGUUAAACACUUCAACAAAUAUUUGAACUUCAUCCCCUGCGUCAUAACAAGUGGGUCAAUAUGAACAACGUUGUUUACAUAACUAAAAUUUACUCCUUGAACCCGAGACCAGUUGGUUUAUGUGUAAAAACAUAGUAUUGCUAACUUGAGAAGAGUUAUAACUAAUAACUAAGUAGUUUUUCUUACAAAAAGAUACGCACUGUACUUCUACUAAAAUCAACAUGCAUUGCAGUGAUCUCUUUUCUUCUCUUUCCUGUCCAAAUAUUUGUUCGAAAAUGCCAAAUUCAGUACAAGAUAUGUCAUCUGUCAAGAAGUUACGCCAUGGAUUAAUCAUUAAUCCGUGCAUUUAUAACGAAGCGUUUAUAAACACUGCAAACUUGAGAAGAUUAAGGACAAAAUGCUAGGACCAUCUAAAACCAACGUUAACGAUAACUACUUAAUGUUGAAUCUGCUAAAGACUCGCGAGGUUUACUAAAACAAAGUAACAUGGGUCAUUGGAAUUUUCUGGCUUGAGGAUGUUCUAAGAAACUAAUUUGAAAUUAGCAUAAAAUGGAUUUUGAACUCAAAAGAUAAUAUUUCUGUAAUAUGUGUCCUACAAUAUAUACUCUGCUCAAUUCAAAUUCUAUAUAUUAAAAAACACUAGUGAUAAAUAAAACACGGAAAGAGAAAAACAACUCUUAUCUGCAGGCCACCUUUGUUUUUUAUAAUAUAAUUCAAAACAAGAGAAAUUCAAAUUAGUAUCACCCACUUUCAGUUUUUCUACUUAAUAUUUAUUAUUUAUUCUCUCUUUUAAUUUAUUAAUUUUCCCCAUCGGAUUCCAGCUAAAAACACGAAUUUCUAUAUAUGCCAAAAAAAUAUCAUUUUCUCCGAAGUUAAAAUAUAAAUUUAUUGUGAGGUGUAUUAUAACGCUCCAUUAAAUACAUUGCCUUUUACCAAAACAACAUUUUCUUUUCGAGAUUACUUAAUUUAUUCAAUAUUAAAUUAAAACGGACAGACAAGGAAAAAGUUAGGAAGGAAAUGAGCUGAAAGCCUGAAUCAAAAUAUUUAAAUAUAAGCAAAAGUUUUUUUUAAUCCUGAUAUUUCCAUAUUCAAAACAAAAUAUAUUCAUUUUUUUCAUCUAAACCACACAGCAUAAAUAAACCUAAUUUCCCCACUUUCCUCUCAAACUUUUUCCUAAUUUCAUCCUAAUAAUUAUCAGUCUUUAAAUUCCUAGAAACAAUAUUUCCUACAAGAAAAUAUUUUUUUUUCUCAGGUAUUUCUGAAUGAUUUUCUUCCUCUAUGAUUUUUAAUCUGUUCCUUUUUCAACAAAGUUAUUGUUCUUAUUUUGGUAUUGCUUCUUUAAUUUGUUGAAUGCUUUAAGCUUUAGAUUUGGAAAAUAAAAUCUUCUGUCCCAAAAUCUAUAUUAAGUUUAUCAAAAUAAUUAGUAACCUUCUAGAUAUGGAGUCUACCGGAGAAGUUGUUAGGACAUCCGACGUGAGCGACGGUGGCGUUAUGGUGGUGAGAUCCAACGCGCCGUCGGACUUCCACAUGGCUCCGAGGUCAGAAACUUCAAAUCCACCUCCAACCACCGUCGCUCCUCCUCCUCCUCAAAAUUCCUUUGCUCCGCCGCCAACAACUGAAGGUUUCUCCAGCGGACCCAUGAAGAAGAAGCGUGGACGUCCUAGGAAGUACGGACACGACGGAGCACCGGUGGCGCUAUCACCGAAUCCGAUAUCUUCAGCCGCACCAACAACCUCUCACGUCAUCGAUUUUUCUGCAUCUGAGAAACGUGGCAAAGUCAAACCAGCAACAACUGCGAGCUCCUUCAUCAGGACAAAGUACCAAGUCGAGAAUUUAGGUGAAUGGGCUCCUUCCUCGGCCGGCGCUAAUUUCACGCCGCAUAUAAUUACGGUGAACGCAGGCGAGGACGUAACGAAGAAGAUAAUAUCGUUUUCUCAAAAGGGGUCUCUUGCUAUUUGCGUUCUCUGCGCAAACGGUGUCGUUUCGAGUGUUACACUUCGUCAGCCUGACUCAUCUGGUGGUACAUUGACAUACGAGGGUCGGUUUGAGAUAUUAUCACUGUCGGGAUCAUUCAUGCCAAGUGACUCGGACGGGACACGGAGCAGAACAGGUGGAAUGACUGUGUCGUUGGCUAGUCCUGAUGGACGUGUAGUAGGCGGUGGAGUCGCUGGCUUGUUGGUUGCAGCCACUCCUAUUCAGGUGGUUGUAGGAAGUUUCUUCGCUGGAACGAACCAGCAAGAUCAGAAUCCGAGGAAGCAGAACCAUAACUUCAUGUCGUCUCCAAUGCCUUCCACUUCGAAUGCAGCUGAUCAUGGAACCAUCCGUCCUACGUCGUCUUCUCACCCGAUUGGUACAUGGGCACCGCCUUUAGCUUCUGAUCCAAGACACAAGCCCUCUCAUGACAUUAACAUCACUUUAACCUGAUUUCUUCCUCAAAAGAAGUGGUGGAUCCUCUGUAUUUCGGUUUAGACUCUCUCUCUCUCUCUCUCUCUCAAGGUUUAGGUUUUAUGUUGGUGUGUAACUUAAUUAGGAUUGUUUUCCAACUUUUUUAUUCGGUUUCUUCCAUUCCUGGAUGUAGUAGGAGUUGAAUCUUGUUCCCCAAUUUCUUGACCAGCUUACACGCUUUUGUUUACAUAGCCGUAGACAAUUUUAUUAGUACUGGACUUAAUUCACCAC